AUGGGGAGAGGAAAGCCAAUGAAAACCAUCGUACUUAGAGGAUUAGCAAACGCCUCCUUUUUGGUAGCGGCCAUUGUGAUGUUCGCGAGCUACCAAAAGGUUGAUGAAGAAUCCUUCAACUUCAUAGCCAGAUACAGCGAUUGGAAUGGUUUCAUGUUUUGUGCAGUAGUUAACUGCAUUGGAUGCUUAUAUAACCUUGUAGUCCUAAUUAUCCCUUCUGGUAGUCAGCUCUGGAAAACAGUCAUCGUCCUCGACGUGAUAGUGAAUAUGGUAGUUGGUGCAAGCCUGGGAGCAGGGUGGCAGACGUAUCUGAUGCUGGGCGAAGGAAACAUGCACGCGAGAUGGUGGCCCAUAUGCGGCGCCGUUCCGUAUUUCUGCGCCAAAGUGUUGGGAUCUCUAAUCACUUCCACCUUUGGUUUUGCGGUCGCCAUUGCUCUUCUCAUCUGCACUCUUCACGUUAGUGUCGAUCCUUUUCUCGUGGGAAAUCAGUCUUAA